UGCCACGAGCGGCUUGUAUUGGUGGCAGGGAGCAGGUGACGGCUGUAAACAUACACAAGCUAAGCUAACAAGAAGCUCGUUCAAGAGUCAAAAGUGCAUCUGGACCGAGAAUCGCUUCAAAGCCAACAGAUGUGGAUGGCGAUGGUACGAGGUAAAGCGUUGGACAGUUGCGUACUGGUUCUGCUGAGUCUGUGGCUGUGCAUCCACUCACUGCCCAUUGCUGUGAACAAGAGCAAAGAGAACACAGCGCCCAAAGAGGAUGAACUGAAUGCCCCACAAAGUGUAGACACCGGGCUACACUAUGACCGCUACCUCAGGGAGGUCAUCGAAUACCUGGAGAAAGACCCUCACUUUCGGGAGAAGUUACAAAACGCCAACAACAUGGAGCCAGACAAACUUGCCAAAGAGCUGGACUUUGUCCACAACAAUCUGCGCACCAAGCUGGAUGAGCUGAAGAGGGAGGAAAUGAACAGGCUGCGGAUGCUCAUCAAGGCCAAGCAUGACAUGGAGCUGGGAGAUGGCUGGAAAGUGGACUACCAGGCCUUGCUGAAACAAUUUGAACACCUCAACCACGACAAUGCGCAUUCAUUUGAAGUUGAGGACCUGGACCGCCUCAUCAAAGCAGCUACGAAAGACCUUAUGCAAUUUGACAAGCAGCAUCACGAAGAGUUCAAGCGCUAUGAGAUGAUGAAGGAGCACGAGAGGCGGGAGAAGCUGAAGGCCAUGUCGGAGGAGGAGCGUAAGAAGGAGGAGCAACACCACGAGGAGAUAAAGAAGAAGCACGCCAACCACGCCAAAGUCAACCACCCGGGAAGCGAGGACCAGCUGAAGGAGGUGUGGGAGGAGUCCGACGGUCUCGAACCAGACAACUUUGAUCCGAAGACCUUCUUCAAACUGCAUGACAACAACGGCGACGGCUUCUUUGACGAGAACGAGCUUGAGGCUCUCUUCGUGAAAGAGCUUGAGAAGGUGUACAACUCCAACAACGAAGAAGACGACAUGGUGGAGAUGGAGGAGGAGAGGCGGCGCAUGAGAGAGCAUGUCAUGUCUGAGGUGGACACCAACAAAGACAGACUGGUGUCACUCGCCGAGUUCCUGGCGGCCACGAAGAACCCGCAGUUCCACCAAAAUGAGGAGUGGGAGACUUUGGAGCAGCAAAACUCCCCUUACACCGAGGAGGAGCUGGCGAUGUUCGAGCAGCAGCUGGCCAAGGACAGCAAAAUAAUCAUGGAACAAGUGGCAGAGCUGCAGAAGCAGCGCGAGAAUCUUCAAAAUAAGCAAGACUUACUCGAUGUUCAGAAGCGCGGCAUUCAGCAGGCCAUGAGUGAAGUGGAGAAGAGAAAAGUCCAAUCCAAGUCGGAUGUCAAAUAGUCUGGAGCCGCAGGAGCUGGAGGAAAACAGGCGUUAACCAGACACCUGUUGCAAAUGACACUCUUGACGGGUCCUAUCAGGGAGCGCGUGUUUGUUGGCAUUUCAACCUUCUGUCUUGUCUACUUUUGUUUGUUUGCAAUACCACUGGAUAAAAGUUGGGCUGCAAAGCUUUGGAAAAUU